UCACAAACUGGCCCGAGAGAAGAAAAGAGGCAGAGGAGAGGGAAUGUGAGGAAGCAUGUUGACAAACCGUGGGUGACAGAUCAUCUUUUGCCUCUCUAUCUCUCCCGCCCUCCUCUCCUCUGCAGACAGGGUUGGGCCAAACAGCAGGUGGUGCAGAAGAGAAGCCCGGACAUGGUAUUUACAAAUCCGUGUCUCUGUCUUUCUGGCUUCUGUACCGGACAAGUAUGGAGGAAAAACCAAAGCAACAAUUUUAAAGGUGUCACAGCAAUAGCGUCUCUGGGUUGCUGAAUAAAGAUGCUCAUGGACCUGGAGAGCCAGAGCCGCGCUCAAUUCAGAUGAAUCAAGGGGAAAAAAGAAAAAAGUCCAACCUCUAAUCUCAGGACCACGGUUUGGAUGGUCUGGAUAAAGCGAGGUGUCGGGUUACAAAGGCCAAAGACGAUUUACAAAACAUGGAGACGCCCAUGUUUUGUGUCCGGAAUCUAUUUGUAGAUGAACCAUGAUCUCGACAUGGGGUCAAACGAACCUUAAACACUUUGUUUUGUGCACCUGACUUCUGUCAGCAUGCAAACACAGCCUAGAUGAUUUGUCCUUCAAAGAAACAUUGGUGGGAACUAACAGGGUCCAAUGAUGUAGCUGCUACAGGUGACCUAAAUGUGGCCUCUUAUUCAACACAGUCCAACCACAGUCAGUAUGGAAGUGCAGACAGCCUCUGUAGUCUGGAUAUAUGUCAACAGCACAGAACAACUGAACACUUCAUUUGACUACAACACCACGUAUUUGACUGAAAACUCAAAUACCAAAUCGUAUAUUAUUGGUCUCUUCCUGUCCUGCCUGUACACCAUACUCCUAUUUCCAAUUGGAUUUAUUGGUAACAUCCUAAUCCUGGUGGUGAACCUGAACCACAGAGAGAAAAUGACCAUCCCAGACCUGUACUUCGUUAACCUCGCUGUUGCCGACCUCAUCCUGGUGGCAGAUUCCCUCAUCGAGGUCUUCAAUCUGAACGAGAAGUAUUACGACUACGCCGUUCUCUGCACCUUCAUGUCCCUUUUUCUGCAGGUCAACAUGUACAGCAGCAUCUUCUUCCUCACUUGGAUGAGCUUCGACAGAUACGUCGCCUUGGCUAACUCCAUAAGCAGCAGCCCUUUGCGGACUAUGCAGCACGCCAAGCUCAGCUGUGGCCUCAUCUGGAUGGCGUCCAUCCUGGCCACGCUCCUCCCCUUCACCAUCGUGCAGACGCAGCACAGGGGCGAGGUGCACUUCUGCUUUGCCAACGUCUUUGAGAUCCAGUGGCUGGAGGUGACCAUCGGCUUUUUGGUGCCCUUCUCCAUCAUUGGUCUGUGCUACUCUCUAAUCGGGCGAAUCCUAAUGAGGGCCCAGAAGCACCGUGGACUGUGGCCACGGCGGCAGAAGGCCCUGCGCAUGAUUGUGGUGGUGGUUCUGGUGUUCUUCAUCUGCUGGCUGCCAGAGAACGUUUUUAUCAGCAUCCAGUUGCUGCAGGGAACCGCCAACCCGGCGCAGAGGACUGCUACCACCCUGUGGCAUGACUACCCGCUCACGGGCCACAUUGUUAACCUGGCAGCUUUCUCUAACAGUUGCCUCAACCCUAUUAUCUACAGUUUUCUAGGAGAAACCUUCAGGGACAAGCUGCGGCUCUUCAUUAAGCAGAAGGCCAGCUGGUCAGUGGUGAACCGCUUCUGCCACCACGGCCUCGAUUUACACCUCUCUGUCAGGAAUGACGUGUCCGAGGUGUGACUCUUAGGAAGCUGAGCGCACAAAAUUUGCUAAAAAAAAAAAAACUAAAAAAACUUCUUCAUAUCAAAGUGAUAUAUCACCCAGUGUGGAAUAUUACCUCAGCUUUAUUCUUCUGUUAUUUAGCUUUGUCUCUCUGCUGUAUCACAAACGUGCUCACUUUCUGAACAAAAACACAAAAGCACCCAGAAUGUCCAGUGAAGAGACUCAAUGUGUGUAUCUCAGAGAAGAUAACAAUGAACAUACAGUACU